AUGGGAAAUUAAUGCUAAUGCGCAGAAAGCUAGUAAGACACUGAAUAAGUAAUCACUUCAGCAAAGAAUCCUCAAUAAAUUUCAUUAAAUGGUGAACUAAAUGAUGAACAGAUGCAGGCUAUGAGUAACUCCAAAAGCAAGUUAACCCAAUUCCAAAUAAAUGAAUAACCUUUGCAUACUCCUAUUGUAACACCAGGAAAGCAAUUACCAGGAUCAUCAAGAUAUUUUGAGGCCAAAAAGUCUGCAGUUGUUGAGAGCUGUAGCGAAGACAACGUGAACAAACAAUCAUUUGAAAAGAGUUAACAUUAAUAUGAAUUUGAAAAUGGAGCCAUUUAUAAAGGAGAGUGGAUUGGAGAUAUAAGAGAAGGGUUUGGAGAAUAAAUUUGGAAAGAUGGGGCAAAAUACGUUGGAUAGUGGAAAAAUAACAAGGCUGAAGGUAAGGGUAAAUUUUAUCAUGUUGAUGGAGAUAUAUAUGAAGGAGAAUGGAAAGAUGAUAAAGCACAUGGAAAGGGGAUAUAUAUUCAUGUAAAUGGAGCAUAAUAUGAGGGAGAUUGGUUUGAAGAUUAACAACAUGGAAAUGGAGUGGAAAAAUGGACUGAUGGUAGUAAGUAUGAUGGAGAAUAUAAAAACGGAUAAAAAGAGGGGAUUGGAAAAUAUUUGUGGCCAGAUGGGAGUAGUUAUGAAGGAUAAUGGUUAAAUAAUAAAAUUAAUGGUUUUGGAAAAUAUAAUUGGGCAGAUGGAAGAAGUUUUGAGGGUCUAUGGCUGGCAAAUUAGAUGCAUGGAAAAGGUAAGUACAAAUGGCCAGAUGGUAGAGUGUAUGAAGGGGAUUACAUCUAUGAUAAAAAACAUGGGUAUGGUACCUAUAUUUGGAAUGAUGGAAAGAAGUAUGUUGGAAAUUGGUUUGAGGGCAAAUAGCAUGGGAAAGGAUAGUUGAUUUUUGCAGAUGGGUAAAUUAUUGAAGGAGAAUGGCAUGAAGGUAAAAGAAUUAAAUGA